ACAACCACGUAGGUCACUUUCUUGUGUGCAAUAAAUAAUAUUUCAUGAAAACACACAUUCAACAAAGCCAUUUUAAUGUAUUUUUUGAUAUUUGGAAGUGGAAAACACAACUACUGUAUGUGUUAGUGUCUCAUACUCAAAGUCAACGUCUCAAACUUCAAAUGACAGCAUGACUACACAAAGUUCAUGAUGUCAUCAAAGCAUUAACAUUUUACAUCAAAUUCUGCAGAAUUCAUAGUUCAUGGCAAAUUUAACCACCGGAUGUUCACCUGCGUACAUCACUUCGUCUGUUUACCAGAAAAAUACGUUUAUUGUCAGAACAUCCCGCACAUAUUCCAAGGAUGUCAACACUUAGUUUGUUAAAACAAAGUGACGGCGUAGGACAUACAGCAAAACAUGGAAAAUGGGAUUAUGUGGAAAAAGUCAAAAUGAUCAUUCUAAAGUGGAGAUGCAGGCUUUUCAUCAGACGGUAACAAAAGACUACCAUGUGAUAUGAAUAUGAAUAUAAUUUAUGUAUUAGGGCAUCCAUCACUCCGCCUCUUCUUUCUUUUUCAUUUUUUGGACAUGACUCGGUCGUGUUUUUCCCACAUGGAAUAAAUCCAAUCCAACUCCUUGCUAGCGGUCUUUCUCCCUCUUCAAGCGAGGCGCGCUCUCGUCUUGUCAGCAGACACCAGAUCUUUAUUUCUUUUUGGUGUGUGUGUGUGUGUGUGUGUGUGUGUGUGUGUGUGUGUGUACGUGAGUGUGUGUGUGUGUGUACGUGAGUGUGUGUGUGUGUGUCAGUGCUGAAAUGUUCAGAAGCUUUUGCCGCGGGAAGCUUUGCGUUCCAUCGUGAACUUCAGCUUUACAGAUACCAUGUCUGCUGUACGGGCAGGAAGGGUAUUGAUGGUAUCAAAUGUCAUAGUGCAGAUAAUUACAGCCACGUUGUAUCAGCAGGUUUGAAAAACAUGAUUUUUCACACUUGGAAAACUCCGCUUUCAGAGAUUUUCUUCUGGUGUUCACAGGGAUAAAAGUUAAAAAGUCAACAUUCUUGGAAACCGUUCUCAGUUCCAAGAGAUGGUCUCCUGGGACGUCGAAUGUUUCCCCCCGUCUCUGUUUGAUUCAUCGGGCAUUUACCCCCACUGUCUGCCUGUCCUUGUGAUUCUAUAUCUUCUUUGCUGUGGUUGCGGGCCACAUAGUGUGUGUGUCACUUGAAAUGAAGCAACCAGAGGGGACAGUUUAGAGAGCUAUGGAGAGGGUUGGGUGUGAUUGAAAUGGGCUGGGGGGCACACGUCGGGACACGUACUGCAUGAUUGCAGACUGACUGGCUACGCUGAGACUGGACAGACAGAUGUUUGGAGGCUAAAAACGGAGUGGAUUUAGAGAUUACAAACAUCCAGUGACAUUUUAUUAACUCAAUCUCACUUCACCUUUUAGUGUGCUUAUUUAAUUGGGCUUAUUUCAGAUUUAUCCAUGCUAAGAUUCUCAAUCUGAGGCCAUGGUUCUUAGUGGGAAAAGGGUGGAUUGCACCCUUCGGUUUGGGUGUGACGUCUUGCCGCAAGUAUCUCGUGAUCUUGUUUACAAGUGAGGGAAGGCCGGAGCUUGAGAUCGACAGGUGGACCGUCGUGGUGAAAAGACAGCGCAAAUCUCUCAAUUUACCAGUUGAUCUAUGAGCUUUGGGUGGUGACUGAAGAACAAGAUCGUGGAUAGGGUGGCUGUACUCCCCCUAAGAGGCGGGGUGAGGAGCUCCAUCAUCCGGAAGGAGCUCAGAGUAGAGCCACUGCUCCUUCAUAUCGAGAGGAGCCAGUUGAGGUGGCUUGGGCAUCUAGUCCGGAUGCCUCCAGGACGCCUCCCUCGUGACAUGUUCCGGUUAUGCCCAACCAGGGGGAGGCCCGGGGCAGACCUAGGACACGCUGGAGGGAUUAUUCUGGGCUGGGAACGCCUAUGUGUCCUCCCAGUGGAAGUGGAAAAGACCGCCCCGAAAAUGGAUGGAUGGACAGAUGGAAGAUUUCGUUAGAUCAGUGGUUUUCAAUUAUUUUCUGUCAUGGCCCCCUCGAGGACAGAAAUGUUUUCACGCACACCCCCGAUUUGAAAUACGAUUGAGAAACUGAUAAUAUCUAUUUCUAUUUAUAUCUAUUAUUUGUACUGUGCAGACUGAACUGGAAACUGAAACCAGGAAAAUGCAACACAGUGGAGAGCCGUGAAGCAUACAGUCCACAAGGGACAAAUAUAGCUCCCUAAUGGAGGUCAAAUUCCUUAAAGCAUAGAUAUGUCCGGGGGGAAUCUUCACCCUAGAAGCUUGUGGGCUCUGAGUCCCACGUGUCCACUGACUUGCAUGAACCACAGAGUUCCAUAGGGAUGUGAGGGCCCAUUCAAACCUGCUUACAACUUUAAGCAAAGCCCACAAGGGACAAACAUGGCUCCCUAAUGGAGGUCCUCACAUAUUUAUACAGGUGUAAACUUGUGAUGUUCUAUAAUGUAACUUUGUGAAGCAUACCUGAAACAAAACCAAAUGACCAUGCCCAAAUUGUAGUCCAUAUUUAGUUAUGCAUAACACAGUUGUACUCUAAAAAGUGAGUUCAAAAGUGAGGAAUCAGUCAGUCGGUGGGGUGGCCAAAACUAGCAGGCAUGUGCCAGACACGCAGCGUGCACACUCCUGGGGGUUUAAAUUCCACAAGCGCUCAACACUUAAUCCGCCAGACAGGCGACAAAAGCUUACACAGGGUUUGGGUGAGACUGUGAGAGUGAUUAAAAUUAAAAUAACGCCACACUCUUUUUUAAUAAAAAAAAAAAUCUACCAAUAGAUGUUUGUAUUGGUCUACUUAAGAGUCCAUCUUUAGAACGGUAACAUGGUCGGCAAGUGGCAUGAGUCAUCCUGGUUCACUUUUGUUGCAUUGAUGAGGAUUUGCACACGUCGCUUCCCUCCAAAUUGUGUCGCUGUUCGGUUAAGAGAUAAUCUGCACACGCUCACAUUAGCCACACCUGCAAAUCUAAUGAGAUCCAAUACAAGAGCUGUGUUUAAAACUCAGCCUUUGCAAAGAUAAUGAUGCCUAGUUUUUAUUGAUGUUAUCAGAGAGGUAUUCCAUCAACAAUAUGUUUACUAUUCUUGGGGUUUAUGUGCUGAAUAAAGCCAUUGUGCUGAAUUCAUGCAGAGCUUCAGCACCACUUGACAUCUUCAUGUGUUUUUUGAUUGCAUAGGCUCACAUUAACAGCAUGUAUUCCUUUUGGAUGAUGCUAGAUAUUUUUUCAUUAAUUAAUUCCUUUUUUUUAUUACAGUAAUCCCUAUAAAAGUAAUACUGUUGAUUGGUUUCAGACCCGAUGAUGGCAAGUCAAUUUCCGCAAGGUAGGAUUCCUUAUUUAUAAAUUAUAUAUUUUUGUAGUUAGAGCAUAGGAAACAUUCUAAAUACGUUUUUUUUUUUACAUUAUUAGAGACCUCUACGCAUGAAAUAACGCCCCAAAAGUCACCUUUACACGCCUAUUACUUGAUAUACUUGUCAGAAUGAGACAAAAUAAGACAUGUAAGACAUAAAUAAAACUCAUGCUUGUGUGCGUUGCAAUAAAUGUGUUCCGGACCUGUGGAGGACAGGAAGUGACAUUUGGGGUUAAGAGUUGAGUUUUAUCUUAGAGUGGAUUACGCAUUAUUAUUAUUUAUUAUGUUAUUAUUGUGUUUUUCCGGUGAUCAAGUCUGGUGUUUGUGUGCCUCACCGCACAUUAUAGUAACAUUACUGACAUCUAGUGAUCAGUGUAGAAUACUACAUAGCAUCACAAUGUCUUAGAAUGAGUCUUUUGAGUGACUUAUGUUUGUAUUUGACGUCAUUUAGCCAUUUGUCUGCUUGAAAAUGCUCAGUAUGUACAAUUUACUCAAAUAUGCGGAUUUUGUGAUUUUGUGUGUUAUAUGCCAUAUUAUUGAAAAAUAUCGACUUGUCUAUUUAAUAAAAAAAAAAAUGCAAAUAUAAUACUUGAUUAAUGUUUUUUUUUUAAUUCCUUUAAAUAAUUUACAUUUUAAAUAAGUAUGCCAAGAACUGGUCAAUUGAUGAGUUAAACUCAGCAUUUGUCAGUCAAGACUGAUACAAUGCUUCCAUUUGGCAUUCCAUUAACUCGAAUCACCCACCACACAGCACAUGCCCAUCAACUUCCGUCCCUUUCCCCGUCUUGUUUCGCACUUAAUCACACUCGGAAAUGUUGCCUGAUUUUUUUUUUUAAUUAACUCGCGGCAGCAGGGGUGAGUAAGUGAGCGAGUUGACAGAGACGAGUACCCGUGACUCUCGAUUCAGUGAGACCGUCGCGAGUUUUGAACGACUCGUUCAUUACUCGAACAUAUCCAAUGGACAGGUGGAGGAGGCUACUAGCAAGAAAUAAGAAGUGACGUCUGAGGGGCUGAAAGUGUUUUUUUGUGCGUUUAUCUUGUUGGCGCGCCAUCUUUUGACAUAAAUUGUAUGUGUAUUUGAUGAGACUACAAUACAAGCAAGCAUCAGGGGCAGGGACAAUCCUACAGCACCUAUUAGACCUGGUGCUGUUCGAAAACCACCAGAAGGAGACUUCAAAUCUGGGCUGGAUUAAUCUGCAGAUCCCAGAGCCUCUAACCCAGGUAGGGAACCUAUGGCUCGGGAGCCAGAUGUGGCUCUUUUGAUGACAGCUACGGAGCACGGACCAAAACCAUGCAGGACCAGAAGUUGCAUUAAUGACCGCUGACAGAACAACUGACGGGCAAAAGAGAGUCCAACACAAGGCAGCAACCCAACCUGCUCUUUCCACUUUUCCAACCAAAACCCUUCUCUCACUUAAAAAAAAAAAUAAAAAAUUCAUGAGGGAUAUGCAGCAGGACGGCUAGGCGAGAGGAAGAAGCACGUUUCCGUGUUCACCAAGCCCACUGAUGACACAGUAGGCAACAGAAGGGAAGCAGAGAGCUGAGGUCCUGUGAGAACAUGAAGACAAGCUGUGACUCCCCUCCCCGCAUCCUGACAAGACAUGACAUAACACGGGUGACCUGCUAAUCAGCCAUGAUAGCCAUAAAGCUGUGACUGGCAUAGGAAAGCCUACACCCCUUCUUCUGUACCCGACCCAGCCUCUUCCGUCACCGUCCCUCCCUGACGCCGUCGCUACAUUCUUUUUCUCCGACAAACAGCCUCCCCGGUGCCUGCCCUCGCAUUUCUAUUCUGGAUUAGAAAAACAUCCCCUCUUUCAUCUUCAUCAUGCAGAGUCCUUCCACCACAUCAGGUUUCAUUGUUGUUAUUUCCUCCCUCCUAAUUGCCACCCGCUUUCCCAGCGUGGUCAAUGGGGACUGCUGGCUCAUCGAGGGGGACAAAGGUUACGUGUGGCUGGCAAUCUGCAGUCAGAACCAGCCGCCAUACGAGACCAUUCCGCAACACAUCAACAACACCGUCCAUGACUUGAGACUCAACGAGAACAAACUCAAAGCCGUGUCCCUAAGCUCCAUGUACCGCUUCACCAACCUCACAGACCUCAAUCUUACCAAGAACGAAAUCAGCUACAUCGAAGACGGAGCCUUUUCGGGACAAGCUAACCUACAGGUCCUUCAGCUGGGCUACAACAAACUGAGCAACCUAACAGAGGGCAUGAUGAGAGGACUCAGCCGCAUGCAAUGUCUAUUCCUCCAGCAUAAUCUAAUCGAGGUUAUUGCCAGCAAUGCAUUCUGGGAGUGCCCCAGCCUUAGCAGCAUUGAUCUGUCAUCCAACAAACUUGCCCGGAUUGAUCCAUCAACGUUCACCGUUCUCAAUCACCUAAUGGUUUGUGAACUGGCAGCAAAUCCCUUCCACUGCGGCUGCGAUCUGUACAGCUUCCUUAUCUGGCUGGAAUCCUUCAACAACGUCACGCACACUUAUGAUCGUCUUCAGUGCGAGACGCCCCGGGAGAUGUUUGGCUUUCCCCUACUGAGCCCCACUGCUGCCGGCCAUGCUGGUCGAAAUGCCAAAAACAUCUUGAACUCCCACUGCAGAGACGGGGUGAUGAUUCCUGGAAUGACGUCCCUCCCGCCAGACCUGGAUGGUCCAUCUGGGAUGGUUCCAGAGAUGUAUGGUGGCGUGGGACCUUACCACCAGCCCAACACCUCCACAGGGAUAGAAAACAGCUUCAUUCCCAGCAUCAAGCUCCAUCAGGUGUCUUUGUCGUCCGCCUCGCUCAUCGUCCAGAUCCCGAGGCCCUUCAGCAAAAUGUAUAUCCUGACACAAUACAACCACACGUACGUGUCUGACGUCAUGACACUCAAGAACAACAAGGAAAAGAUCACCCUCAGCAAGCUCAAACCACACACCAAUUACACCUUCUGCGUGGCAUCCAUCCGUAACUCUCAACGAUAUAACCACACCUGCCUCACCUUCUCCACCCGGUCUCAGAACAUCCUCCCCACGCCCUCCACCACUACGCACUACAUCAUGACCAUAGUGGGCUGCCUGUUUGGCAUGCUCAUCGUUCUGGGCUUUGUCUACUACUGUCUACGUAAGAAACGGAUGCAUGACGAGAAGAAGAAGUCCAUCUGCGUCAAGAAAACAAUACUGGAAAUGCGCUACGGACCCGAGGUGGCGGCAGCAGUUGCAAAUGAUCCAGCGGCAGUCCACAAGCUGCAGGACCACUCCAGAGACCACCACCAAUAUCACCACCACCAUGGGGGCAAGCUACCUAUGUCUACAUCCUCUAGCUCUGGAAUGCUUCACUCAGCUAACACCAGCUCCUCCAGACUGUCCUCCAUCCCCCAAGUGGAAAAGAUGGCCACCGCCUUCUCAGAGGCCAUGACGAGUAAAGGGAACUACAUGGAUAUCAGAAGUGGAGGCGCAGGGAUGGAGAGGCUCGGAGGAGACAGUGGGCAUGGGGCGAUGAGAGGGGACGAUUUAAGGGACGAUGAUGGAACUGAUGUUGGAGAGGACUCGGAGGACGAUGGGCGUGGCUCGGCAUCAGAGAUCUCGACCAUUGCCAUGGAGGUGGACAAAGUCAACCAGAUUAUUAACAACUGCAUUGAUGCACUGAAGCUAGACGCAGCAGCCGUCGCGGCUUCGGGAUCCUCUCCAAAUCCUCCGCCUUCCUCCAACCCUACCUCCCCACCCCCAAACAGCACGUCCGCUCUGACCCGGGGAUUAAUAACGCUUCCUCAAGGGAUGGCGGAAUCGUGCCCAGUUAACAAAAUUCCACCUCCACCUCCGCUCCCUGCCUUGAAUACCCCGCUUUCUGAGCGCCCGGGGAUCAGUGGUGGCGGAUUCGUCGUCACCCCUCCCUACAGACCACCACCGCCAGCCAACGCUGUACGCCCCAUUCAACGGCAAAUGAGUGCAGAUGCAGCCGUGGUGAUUGUAAAUGCUGUGAAGAAACAGAGCAGCACCACCUCUUGUGGCUCUGUGGGCCGGGACAGGGAGCGCGGCGGGGCUCGUGUCUACAGCCUGGAUGUUCCAGAGCCGAGGAGCCCAGAUGCCUGCAAUCAGCAACAACAGUACUCAGACCGCGCCAGUCCUGUGGGCUGUGGGGAGCCCCUGGAAAGACUGCCGUUAGUGGGGAGCAUGAGCUGCACUGGAGGGGGCGGCGGUGGUUGCGACAGUGGUGGUGUUGGUGCCCAACAUCAGGAAAACCAAAACCCACACCAUUACCAUCAACAGCAACAGCAGCAGCAGUUGGAUGUUCAGCAGGACUACCACUGCUCAGAGCACCGCCACUCCGUCCCAGCUCUCUACUACGACGGCUCCCACCAGGGCUCCCCAGCCCAGAGGGUUUCUUUCCUCAAGCCGCUGUCACGCUCCCGUCGGGAUGCGGCGUCUUACUCCCAGCUUUCACCGGCUCGCCACCAUUCCAGCUACUCCGGCUACUCCUCCAGCCCCGAGUACUCCUCAGAGAGCACGCUGAGGAUCUGGGAGCGCUUUCGUCCUUACCGUAAAGGCCAGCGUGAUGAGGCCUGUUAUGUAACGGCCGGGAAUGCCCUUCGAAAGAAGGUGCAAUUUGCUAAAGGCGAGGACCUGCAUGACAUCCUGGAUUACUGGAAGGGUGUAUCAGCACAGCAGAAGCUUUGACUGGGGGACCAGUAUUAAGCAUUGUUUGUUUACUUCUGGUUCUACCUUGCCCUUUCUGGGACGGAGAACCUUCUUAAAAGGUAACGGGAAGAAAAAUGUCGGACACUGUUUUGCCUUUUUGUUUUUUUCGGCAUGCUGUGUGUGUAUAGCAUAUUGUGCUUCAAGCACCGACUGUGCAACCGUGCCUGGGAUACCUGGGACGUAACUCACAAUUUUUUUUUUUUUUUUACAAUUCAUGGUAGCACCGCUUCUGGAAUAUUUUAACAGCUUUUCUUGAUCUCACAGGGAGCAAACGCUAACUGUGCAAUUUAAUAAUAUUUGUGUGGGGUCACAUUUUGUGAUCUUUUAGACCGUGCUUACUCAGUGCCGUGUGUGUGUGUGCUCGUCAGGAAGUCACCGGUGUUCAGCGGGAACGCUCAUCGCUUCAGCUGAGAGGUUGACAUGAUGCAGCACGUGGGUAUAUUUAGAGCGGCGUGGAAGUGAAGAGUUGUCAAAUGCAGGCUCCACGUACCAGAGGGGGGGUUGAGAUAUUUGCAUUUCAACAGCAACUGUCGCACAGGAAGUACAAGAAAAAAUAUGGUAUAAGGAAACCUGCGGUAUAACGUUAAAUCAUUACCAGAAAUUGGGUGGUUCACCCAUUGUUUUUACCCUAAUUAAUAGGGGUGUCACAAGACACUGAGUACAUACGAGAUUGGGUCUACGAGAAUGAGACGUGACGAGAUUUUAACAUUUCUUUUAAGAAAAGUACAAUGAAAAAAUAUGAAAAAUAAUAAUAUAUUGCAAUGUACUCAUUUAAUUUCUACUACGUUACCUUGCAUUGCUUGUUACGAGGCUACACUCUUUUGCACUGUGUGUGUAUGCUGGUGGCCCCGCCUCCACCCACCGAGACAAAGCGACUGUAUGCCUAAGAAUCCGCAGUUCUGUGGAACAAACCCGCCAAAGUGCUGAAACCAAUGCACAGAGUCAAGCCUCAUGAUGAGAUGAGGAAAACACACACGCAUGCACACGGCGAUAUAUUGAGGCCGGCAAAAUGAUGAAGUUCAUUUUCAUUUAUGAUGUGAUUCAUGAAUUUAUUUAUAAUCGUUCCAAGCCUAGUGCCCACGAGACAGUUUUUUUUUUUUUCUGAACGAGAAAUCAUGUCAUCAUGUCUUGUGACACUCCUACUAAUUGCCGUAAUUGUACGUUUCAAUGAGUGAUGCAAAUCAAGGGAAAGAAGUGUAACAGCACUCCCGGUACAUUCCAAAUCCUUUCUUUAGUAGGAAAAUAUGACUGCCAACACCUCUUUUCAGUUACCGUCUAACAUCGAGUGACUCAAUUAUCCAUCUCAUGAUGGGCAUGUUCGCUUGCACCUUGUGUGUGUGUGUGUGUGUGUGUGUGUGUGUGUGCACAGUGGUCAGUGUAAGUGGGUGUUGGCAUGCCUUGUCAGAUUAUAUCGUCUCCGCCCAAAUUGAUUCUAAUGAAUACUUGUGAAUAUCUAGUAGAUGUGUGGAUAUGUAUAACCCCCGCCACAUGACUAAACACAUGGAUGAAUGCGCAAACAACGGCAGUUAUUUUCCAGACACACUAUUCUACAGUAGCACAGGCCUCUUGCUGCUACUUACCACCGUGAUCCACUUUGCCUUUUCCUUUGCAAAGGAAAACUGCCCAAACUGCUGUGAAACCAUUGGUUUUUUUUGGCUAUUUCCUACCGUAAAAUGUGAAAAACUCAAGUGAUCCUUGCCUCGUAUUUCUAUUUAGGGCUAAACCUCCAGAAAAAAUUCCUUAUAGAGACAUUCGAGAUCGUUUUUUUAAUAGUUUUUUUAUUUCUUGUCUUGCUUUUGAGCCACUUAAGCAGGCUGAUUGUACAUAGUGUAGGAGGUGGAAGGGAAAGAAGCAAAGCUUUGACGUAAAAGCCUAAGUCACAACCGGUCGUACGGGCUCCUUCGGCCGGUCUACGUGCAAAAAAGGCAAGAAACGCACGGGGGCGCGUGUGGCGUGUGUGGCGUGCGAAUUUUCGAACCGCAGACCGGCCGCAGAGGUUCUUUGUCACGUCAAACAAACUCUUUUUUUCAGGUUGCAAGACAAACGUUUGCACUCUGUACGUCUUAGUGCGUCAUCCGUACGGCCAAUGGGUGUCUUUUGUGCGUUUUGCUGAUGUCAGGUUUGGGCAAAAUGUCAACUUUUAUGCAUGUCGCACUUGCAGACUCGUAUGUGUGCGUGCGCCGCACGUGCACCCCACAUACGUAAUGAGUGCGGCCAACGCACGUUGAGAUAUUUCGUACAUCCUCCAUGCCUGUCAAGACCUUACGGCUUCAUGGUCACCACAACUACGUUCUUCUCAAACAAACAAAAAAUGCAGCGAUUUGGGGAACGGCAAAAAUCGCACAUCCGGUUGUGACCUAGGCUAAAGCAAAAAAAAAAAAAACAAAUAUCAAUUUUCUUUCUUUCCUGACUAUCUUGAUUUGGUUCUUUGGCCUGUUUUUCCCAAACAUCUUUUCUUAAUCGGUUCUCAGAGGAAUGAAGUGGGAUUUUGUACAAAAAGAAGUGCGUAUUAAUAAGUAUUAAAGACUUACUAUUGGAUUUACAAGGGAUGGGAGAAACAAAUAAUGACCAAAUAUCAAAACAACAAACCAUCAACUGAUUAUAGUAAUCCCUCGUUUAUAGCGAUUAAUUGGUUCCAGACCGGACCGCGCUAAUAGAAUUUCCGUGAUAUUGGAUUCAAUGUUGAUAAACGGAAGACUUUGGAGUUAGAGCAUAGAAAACCUGUUUAUGACUUUUUAAAUAUGCUUUUUAACAUUAUUAGAGCCCUGUAGACAUGAAAUAACACCCCAAUAGUCACCAUGAAAUCCUUAUCAUUCAUUAUUUAUACCAGGUUUUUUUCAGCUUUGACAUGACUGUUUCGAUACUGGAAAUGAGAAAAAUCAUCAGUAUCAACCAACCUUUGUGAUGGGAGUAAAUUUACUCAUCCAACGUGCAUAUUAUGACAUCACCAUGCUCAGAAUUUGUCAGUCUCCACAAUACCGUCUCAUCAAAAAUGUCUGAUCCAUUUGUGAUACUCUUCCUCAUCUCUCAAGCAAACCCAGCCUUCAUCAUCGUCAUUUACAGCGACAUCUUGAACACCACUGCUGCCUCAAACGCUAUUAUUACAUAGAUAGAUAGAACGUAUCCAUCCAGCCAUCUAUUUAUUAUGCCUGUAAACAUUGUCAUUGUAUUCCCACGUCAUAUCUAUGUAUUAGUGUAUUUUUUGCCGAGGGGUCUCCCACAUAUGCUGGUAUUUCUGUGGGGGGGUUCUACAUUCCCGCUACCCCCCACCAUUAGCAGUGUUUUGACAACCCACCACGUCCCCUCCUGCCACACCGAACACUGUAAAGCAAAGCAUCGUCUCGAGUAUGCUGCGUGUGGACUGUCAUGGCGAGUGUUCGUGCAGCAACGGGCUUCAAAGUCUAUAAACAUGUAAACUUUGCAUAGACACGCCACCUACGUUGCUCAGAUUGAAGUUACAGAUGUCCGCCGUCUCCUGGUGUAAAGUAGUAACUACAUGAGGAACCAUAUUUGCAAGAAAUGGCUUUCACACCUGCACUGACAUUUUGCAUGUCUAAAUGAGAUUGUAAUUACAACUAGACGCCUGCAGGCGCAGCACAGCGUGGCCCGCAGGCGUCUAGGGUGACAUAUCCAUUUAUUAUUAUAAAGUAUAUAUUUAUACCUACAGUAUAUCUAUCACAACUCAAAUCAAAUAUACACUUGUCCCUCACUGCUUUCCGGUUCAAAAUGUUUUUCAAAUUCAAUAAAUUAAUAAAUGAUGGCGGUUUCGUGGUUGACUACGGCCUAUAAGUCAGAAAAUAUGCAUAUUUAAGCAAAUUAUACCUAUUCUUGGCCUAAAUGAAGCAUUUUCAAGCAUAAAAAUGGCUAAAUGAGCGCAUAAGGCAUUCAGAAGACGCAUACAAAGACGUCAUAUGUAAUAUUCUACACUGGUCACUAGGUGUCGGGAAUGUUGCAAUGAUGAGACAAUAGCCACCGCAAAAAAAGAACAAGGAACUCUCUCAACGUGUGAGUGAUGUUGUGUCUUAUUUAUGUCCAAUAUGUCUUAUUUUCUCUUAUUAUGUCUACUAAAUUGGGUAAUAGGAGUGUAAAGGUGACUAUAGGGGUGUUAUUUCAUGUCUAGAGGGCUCUAAUAAUAUUAAAAACCGUAUGUAGAAGGUCGUAAACAGGUUUUCUAUGCUCUAACAGGGAAAAUAUUCCACUUAUGAAUAAGGAGUCCUACUUUGCGGAAAUACACUUAUCACGGUCGGGUCUGGAAUCAAUUAACUGCGCUAAACGAAGGAUUACUUUGUAUUCAACUAGAUAUCUCAACAAACCUAGUUACAUAUUUAUAGAAUAUUUUUACCCACACAGAAAGGCGCAGCCUAAACCUGCUGGCAAACUACCGUCAGCCAGCUGUCAAGUAUCCGUGGUUCCGAUUGGUCAUUUGGUCAUUUGGUCAAAGUCCAUAGGUGGAGUUUGUCAAAAUGCGACCCCUGGUCUGCGCCAGGAAGACUUUUUCUUGUGCGUCCUGUCUUGACAAGCGUCUCCACCAAAUCUCAUGACGAUGAUGACGUCGGUGAGUUUUCAGACACGUUAAGGCCCCCCCAAAAUUGCUAGCAAAGGCAAAGAAUAUUAUAACUCGUGUUGUGUAGUGUUUUUUGCUUUCUCGCCUUACUUUUCCUACGAUUUUCGACCAAAUUCUUCUGAGAACACACGCUGCUUUUUCUUUGGCUUUGCAUGAGUUGGUUUAUCAGAGGCUUUCAAUCUCAGUUAGGAUGCAGAAGGUAAUAAGCACAUUGUUCCUGGAACAUGUUCUUCUACCUGGGAUCAUCAAAGGUUGCCAACUUACUGUGAUUUAAGCCAACGCUCACCAUUUUAUGGGACAGGAUUUCCUUAUUUGGUGUCUUGGACUGCCAAAGCAAGUUUCUAGAAGUGUGUAGGUAGUGGAUGUACACGUCCUCACUUAUUUCAGGAGGGGGCUUCAUUUGAGCUGCCACUGAAUGAAAUGUGUCCUCACAUGAUGUAAAGUUCAUUUCAUGCUUCAAUCUGAAAGGGAAAUCUUUUUAUUGAUGGAAUUGGCAAAAAGAGAAAGUGCUCUCCUGCUCAGGCCUUUCAAAUUCACUUCAAACAUCCGACUGAAGCCGAGUGACCUUUUUAUUUUUAAUUAUAGCGUUAAAAGCCCCCAUCGCUACCGAGGAAAACUGUGUUUUUAUUCAAAUGAGGCCUGUUGUUGACACCGACAUCACUGGAAGCCUGCUGGUGGAAAUACAAAUGGAAUUCAAUGACGCAAAAAUUGUGUUGGUGCGCUCCUUAAAGAAGUGUGAGUACUUGCUGAUGGAGGACAUCACUUCUCAUUACAUGACAAAUACGGGCAAUUGCGUUUUGUGAUACAGCCUCCAUACCUAGCGGAAGCUGAGUAACCUGAUCCUCAGGUUGUCUUGUCUGUAAUGCGGGGAGGGGGCUUGCAAAUCAUUCCAACAGUAUUUUGUAUAAAAGUGUAAUAUUUGUAUGAAUUUUUUAAAUAACUAACUUUGGUCUUUUGCCGGUUUUUGCUGUUUUUUUUUGGUUGUUUUUUUUUAUAUUUCAACCUCCUUCGUCAACAGUCUUUGUAAAUUUCUUUUUGUAAUAUUAUGACUUUAUUCCCAUCAUAUUUUAACUUUUUCUCCAACCUGAUUUUCCCAAAAGUCACAACUGUAUUUCAUUUUGUUUCUUUCUCAUAAUAUUAACAUUUUUUAAAAAUUUCAUUUUUUUCUGUAAUAUUUGAACUCUGUGCUAUUAAAAUGACCUUAUUUUUCCUCAUAAUAUUACAAGCUUAGUCUUGCAACUUUUUUUCUCUUUAGAAUACAACUUUUUUCUCUUAAUAUUUGGACUUUAUUCUCUUGAAAUUACAGCCAUUUUUUUUCCAUUUCUGUUAUUGUUUUCUUUGACAUUUUUAUUCCCAUAAUAUUUUGACUUCAUUUUUGUAAAAUUAUAACUUUUCCACAACUUAAUCUUCCAGAAAUUAUAACUUUAUUUGUUGUUUUGUUUCUCAUAAUAUAAACUUUUAUAAUAUAAUAUAAAUAAAGAUUUUUAAAGCAUUUUUUUUUCUUUUUUAAUAUUUCAACUUUAUGCCAGUAAAAUGACGUUAUUUUUCCACAUAAUGUUACGAUGUUCUUCUUUUAAAAUUACUUUUUCUUGUUAGAUCACAACUUAAUAUUUUGAUGUUAUUGCUGUGAAUUUUCUUCUCAUAAUUUCAAUUUUAUAGCCAGAAUAUUUUGAGUUUAUUCUUGUAAAAUUACAGUUGUUUUUUUUAUUUUGUCAUUUUUAAAUUG